UUUGUAGUUGGUGUUGUUGAAGAUAGUAACAUCAAUAUAAUACUGGAAUACGCUUGUUUAAAUUAUUUUUUUUUCAUUAAACUUUCCCUCAAUUAUUGUAUUUUUUAUAAAAACAUUUGAAAAAAAUAAUUCCAAGUUUUCAAUUUUUGAGUUAAUUUAAAAAAUUGUUUAUUUUUUUUUUUUAUAAAAACUGUUAUUGUGCAAAAAAAAAAAUACUAUACAGUUUUAAAAAAAUAUUUAAUUUAUUAUUUAUCAAUUGAAGAAUAUAAUUUUUUUAUUUUUGUUAUUUAAUUUAUUGUUAUAUUUGUUUAAAUUAUUUAAUAAUCAUUGUUAUCAUCAUUAGUCAAAUUGAAUAUUUAUAGUUCAAAGAUCAGAUCGCAUCGUCAAUAAGGUCGACAACGAUUCAAUUAUUUUAUGAAUAAAUAAUAUUUAAAAUUUGCAUUUGUAUCGACAAACAAAAAAAUAAAAAGUUCAGUGACUCGUAAUUUAUUUACACAAAACAAAUAUAUAUUGCAAUUUUUCUAUUGUAUAUAAAGUAAUAAAUAAAAUGAUACAAUUACGAGUCCAGAUGUACCUUGUGUUUACACUUGCAAUAACAUCUGCAUCAGGUAUAUAUUUUUCACAAUCUGAUCUAACAGUAAGACUUCCUUAUUGGAAAAAUAAUAAUGCUAAUAAAAAUUGGAAUAAUUUAUCAAUAUUUAUUCCAAAAAUAUUAAACGACACGUCUGUUGUUUCAAUAAAUUUAACAUAUAAAAUUGUUUCAACAAGUGAUGAGGAUUUGGUGACUAUUGAUAAGCAUACCGGUGAAAUUAUUAUCAAUUAUAUAUCAAAAAAUGAAACAAAAUUGAUCAUUCAAGCAAAUCAAAUUAAUGACAAAAAAAAUACAGCAACAAUGGAAUUAAAUAUUCAAAAAAUUUUAAUUGAUAAUAAUUGUGAUGAUUUAACAAGAGAUUUAUGUUUUUGGAAAAAUUCUAAAUACAAAAUAUAUGAAAAUCAGAAUGAAAAUUUAUUGGGAAAUAUUGGUUCUCAUGUAUACAAAACACUUUGUCCAAAUUACAAAGUAACUCAUUAUGAAUUAUUAAAUGCAACUGAUUAUUUUUAUAUAUUAAAUAAUGGUGAAUUUUAUGCAAAUGCAAUGCUUGAUAGAGAUUCACAAUAUCCAGGACCAAAUAUUGAUAUAGAAAUAAGAUGUCUUGUUUAUGAUGAAACAACUGGUCAACAAUUUAUUCAUCAAAAUAAUAUUAAUGUUGAUAUUCUUGAUAUUGAUGAUAAUCCACCAAUUGCACAAACAAACACAACAAUAACAAUACAUUUAAAAGAUUUUACAACUGGAGAUAGACUAGAUGACAAUGAAUUAAUAUUAAAAGAUGCUGAUUCAACAUCAAGUAAUGUUUAUAAUGUUAAAAUACUUGAAGAUGUUGAUGAUGCAUUGGACAUAACAUUUAGCACAAUGGCUGUUGAACAUUCAAUCAUUACAGAGCCACCAUCAACAUUAAUAUUUGCAAGAAUUUAUUCAAAGACAACAUUACUUCCAAAAUCACCAUACAAAGUUAUACUUCAAGCGACUGAUGAAACUCUCGCUCCCGGAAAAGGUGAAAAAACGGUAAAUAUUACAUUGUUAUUUGUGGGACCACAACAUCACCAAACAACGACAACAAUUAAAUCAUUGACUUCUAAAAAAACAGCUGUAUUAUUUAAUAAUUAUAAUAUUUAUUUAUCAAAAUUUGCAUCAAAGUUAUAUAGAGUUACACAGCCAGAUAUAAAUUCUCAUUUAAAUCCAGUAUUUAAUAUUCAAAAUUCAAAAAUUUUUGGAAUAACUACUAAAACUGGUAUUGUGUAUGUUGCUAAUACAUCAAUGCUUCAAAAUGCACCAGAUAAAAUACCGUUAAUAAUUCAAUGGAGCUUUUCAAAUCAAAAGAAAAUUUUAUCAACAGAAAUUAUAAUAAACAUUAUAAAUACUACAAAUGAUACUUGUUCAUUGGAUGUGUCUGAACAGCAUACUUGUGCAAAUGUAGUCACAAAAAAAUCAUGUGAAACGCGUUGUGGUAUUGGCAGUGGUGUAUUCAGUAAAAAUAAUAUUACACUAAAUUGUGCAUGGAGAGGAAAAAAUAUAACUUCAAAAGGACCAACAUCAAGAUAUGAAACUUGUUCACCAAAUUUAAAAUAUUGUCCUGAUUCAAUUUGCGAUGAAUUAGAAAAAUUGGAUCCAAGAAUUUGUCCCCAAGAUUGCACAACAAUGGAACCGUCAUUUGGUCAAUUAAAAAAAGAUAAAAUUGGAUUAAAAGAUGGAUUUGAAAUAUGCCGUUGUGAUGAUGAAGCUUAUUGCAGUUGUGGACCUCUUUCAUUGCAUGCAAUUGACAAUAGUAAUGAGAUAAUUGAUUCGAAAUAUUCAUCGAAAAAUAAUCUUAUUAAUAACAACAAUAGCAACAAAGGAAACAGGAGAGACGAUCGUAAUAAAGGUUCAAACGAAUUUCAAUCGAUUCCCAUUAAACAUGCACACAUAGUUUCCGCAAUACCAAGUGGUGAAUGUGGAAGUAGUUGUAUUAUUGGUAUUGUUUGUACGAGUUUGUUUACCGUGUGUGUUGUUGGAAGCUUUGUAACAUGGAAAUAUCGAAAUAGUAGCAAAACUAGACGAGAAUUUAAACGUCAAACAGAUGAUAUAAAUAAUACACUUGGUAUUCUUCCACUUGAUUAUCUUGAGCGUAAUGAUAACGAGAGAGAUGAUGAUACUGGUGCUGCUGAUCAUCAUAGGAUUAUUGGAUUAGAGUCAUUUAUAAAUGGAAAUAUAAAUAUAUUAUUACCAAAUAAAUACUUGACACCUGAUUCAAAAUGGGAAUUUCCAAGAUCUCAAUUGACAAUUGAACAAGUACUUGGUGAAGGAGAAUUUGGCAGGGUACUCAAAGCAAAAGCAAUUGAUAUAUGUGAUUGGCCUGGUGCAACAACUGUUGCUGUUAAAACAUUAAAAGAAGAUGCAAGUAAUUCAGAACUUGCUGAUUUAUUAUCUGAAUAUCAAUUGUUAAAACAAGUACAACAUCCAAAUGUCAUUAAACUUUUUGGGGCGUGUACAAUGCCAGGUGGACCAGUUUAUCUUAUUAUUGAAUUUGCGGAAUUUGGCUCUCUAAGAAAUUAUUUACGUCAAACUCGUCAUCUUGAUGGUAUAGAGACAUCAGUAUUGUCACACAAAAUAUUGCUUGAUGAUAAUCAAGCAGCAUACCAAGAUGUCAUGUUGAAUAAUAAAAUAAAUUCACAUGAUAUUUUAUCAUUUGCCUGGCAAAUAAGCAAGGGAAUGUCUUACCUAACAGACAUCAAACUUGUUCAUCGUGAUUUGGCUGCACGAAAUGUAUUACUUGCUAAAUGUGGAAGCGAUAAAGUUUGUAAAAUAUCAGAUUUUGGAUUGACUCGUGAUAUUUAUGAGGAUGAUGCAUAUUUAAAAAGAAGCAAAGGCAGAGUACCAGUAAAAUGGAUGGCACCAGAAUCACUUGCAGAUCAUAUAUACACAAGUAAAUCUGAUGUUUGGAGUUUUGGUGUUUUGCUAUGGGAAUUGGUUACUCUUGGAGCAUCACCAUAUCCAGGUGUUGAUGUACAUAAUCUCUAUAGUCUUCUUAAAAAUGGAUAUCGAAUGGAAAAACCACACAAUUGUUCACACCAAUUAUAUAAAAUAAUGGUUUCGUGCUGGCACGAUGAACCAUAUAUGAGACCAUCAUUUAAACACCUCAUUAGUCAAUGGGAACAUAUGCUAGAAGAUGACAUUGAAUAUCUUGAUCUCAAUCCAACAACUGUUGAUAAUCAAGCAUAUUUUUCAUCACUUUAUGCUCUUGACAGUCCAAUUAGUUCAAGUAAUGAAACAAGUGAUAGUGGCAUACAAAAUAAUAUUCAAAAUAAAUCAGUCAAUUAUCAUGAUGAAUCAACUGGUGAUUGCAUUAAAAAAUGUGAAAAAAUAGAUAAACUACAAGGCUUAUGGCAAGAAGCAUCAUCAUCAUUAUUUAAUCCAUUAGAAAAUAAUCAAUUGUCAAUAAAAAAUAAGACUGCAAUUUAUAUUAAUGAACAAUUAGAUAGUAAUAGUAAUUUAAAUGAUAAUUAUUAUGAAAAACCAAUUGGAGUUAGAAGAGUAAGCAUUAUUAGCACUAAUGAAAAUAAUAAAUCAACAAUUAUGACAAUUAAUGAUAGUAAUAAUGAUGAUGAUGAUGAUGAAAAUAAUCAAUCUCAGUCAUAUAUUGAUAUGGAAAAAAAUAAAAAAUUCAAUGAACAAGCUGAUUUAUUAUUACUAUUAAAUAAAAUUGAUAACACUAGUGAUAAUUAAUUGAAUAAUUAAUUUUUUAAAUACAAUGUACUUUAAUGUGUAAUUUAAAAUUUUAUAUUAUUUAUUAACUAUUAUUAAUAUUAUUACAAAUUAAGCGCAGUA